AAGUGAGUGCAAGUACGCAACUACGCACACACACACACCGCCGCGACAGGGUAGCGAUUAUUCUGUAGUGGAGUGGGUGCGGCAAUGGCCAUUCGUCGUCUCGGGCACAUACACGACGACGAUGCACCUGCCAAAGUGACCCUGUUUAGUUGAUAAAGUGACCAUUUGUUGUGCGUGCAUCUAACAAGCUUAGGAAAAGAUAAAUUCCUCCAGCCGCGGACAGUAGCAACAGGAACAAACACGCACCGUUUCCUCCAUGGCCGACGUGAUUGCAACACUUUUCUGACAUAUUCAUCCGUCAUUUUUAUGUUUUGUUUUUUCUUGCGCGAGACCUCGACCAUUCGUUUUGUUUUGGUGAUCAGCAGCAGCAGCAGCAGCAGCGUGUGAGAAAAUUUCAGAGGCUGCUGCGAGAUACGCAGCACCAGAUCGGGCAGGAGAGAACAAGCUCGGACGGAAGGGCCAGUAGCUCUAUCCCGUCGUUGGGCGCAGGUCCGGAGAACCUGUUUUGCGUCGCUUUUGCUCCGAGCCGAUUUCUCAUAUGCUGCGCUUGAUUGGACCUUCCACAAACAGUGUGAUUAGACGUUAAUUGGUUGUUAAGUGAUAGGUGGUUUACAAACAAGCGCUACAGACUGCGGUCAAAUCGCAGCGCAGGCCACACAAUUAGGAGAGCGGGUACACAGUUCAAAAGUUCUCCCCGCGGCCCCGCACCGUGUAGUUCUUGAGAAGGUAUUUUAAUUAAAGUACGGUGCGUAACUAGAAGUGCGUGCGUCGAUGUGAACGGUGCGAAGAAAUCAACCGGAAAUUCCGUCCGUUUGCGGCUGUACUACUUCUGCCAGCACGGAAGCAGUGUCCAAAACCCAUCCCCACAAAGUCGGCCUACACGUCCAAAUAGCGCCAAUAUCGAUUAUUAGCAAUCUUGAUGCCCUCUCGCGCAUUACUCAUCGGAUACAUCGGAUAGUCGUCCAUUCAGGAGCGAUUAAGUGAUUAACGCGGCGUGCACAGUGAAAAUGUGACACUAAUCAGGUGGAGCGCGCAAUCGAUCGAUCGGUCAAAAUCGGUGCCAUCCGUGCAAAAGUUAGUACAAAAAAAGCGAGCGAUGGAAUCGUGUUGGUGGUGGUCCGCCUGGGCGCUAAUCUUGGCGAUAGCGACCAUCCGCCAAUGUACCAUUGCCGCUGCCACCAGUGUGUCCGUCUGUUCCUACCUAUGUACUUGUACGAACCAAAACUUCGCAACGGUCGAUUGCGAGUUCGACGCUGCCUCGGUCGUGCUUGACGAAACCCUGCUGCUACCGUCCGCCGCCACCGCCCUCAACAUUAGACUGCACGGCGGUGGGCAACUGGCCGUACGGAAGGAUUUUUUCAAACAGAACAACAUCAACCAUCUCUCGAUCGAGGGCAGUGAGUCACGGUCGGCCUUCGCCGUGGUAGAAUUUCACGAAGGUGCGCUGUGCAACAAUAAUGGCCAAUUUCCGGAGAUCUUGGUUACGCACGUUGGCCGGCUGGUGAUGAACAGAAAUAUCUCGUGCAGAGCACAUCUGCUAAACAUCACGCACGUGAACGAUGUGCUGCUCAAGACUGAAUUCCAAUCGGUGCACGAGGCGGAAGUGUUCAUCCAGGACGUCAGCAACCUUCACAUAGAGCCGAACGCGUUCCUUGGUUCUAAAUCGUCUAGGAUUGAAAUUUAUCGCACCAAUAUCGAAAGUCUUCCAAAGCUCGGAGCUUCCUUUCGGCUGUUAAGUUUUAACUUUUGUAACAUUAGUGAGAUCGUACCGCAAGCGUUCGAUGCGAACGAAAUCGAGCACAUGGAGUUUGUCCACUGUCGUCUAACGAGCCUGCGCCAACGAGCGGUAACGGAACGAUUGUGGUGCGAUUCGUUAAUCUUCCGCAGCUGUCACAUACAGCGCAUCGAGAAACAAUUUGUGGAUGGGAACGGGUUAAAAAAUUUGCUGCUCGAAAGCAACACGAUCGAUGAAAUUGCGGCCGGUGCCUUUACCUUCACAGGAGUGAACACGAUAGUGACCGGUAAUCAUAUUAUACGAACCGGGAAAGAGUGGCUGCAUCAGAAAGAAUGGGAGAAUGUGACGAUUUCCGGCAACUCGUUCGGGGAGUUCAGUGGCAUCCUGUUGCGGGAUCGGAAGGACAAGACGCGAGCCCACUGUCACUUUGGCAAUAACACCAUCACGAAUGCGCUGCCGGAUAGUUUUACCUUUGGACGCAGCUGCCACAUCAACGGCAUCCAUUUCGGCCGGGAGUGCGACUGUACGUACGGCAGCUGGUUGGGGGAACUCGUUGGAGCUCAACGGGAAUCGUUGCCAUCCGCCAGCAUCACCACGUCCAGCGCUUCCUGCCAGGUGGAUGACAGUCUGCGCUACUGCUUCAAUCGUAGCGAGGCUGGUGUCGUGGGACAGGUCAACGUACACUACUUCCUGAUGGAGUUUUGCCAAAAGGAAGGAUCGAAAAAGUGCUCAUCGUACACGAGCCGCGAGGAUGCGAAUCGUAAACCACCGCCACUGAUUCCAUUCGAAAGGAUCGACUCGCUGGACGACGCGGACGAGGGUGGCUUCUUCCUGAUGGAUAAGAUGCUGUGGCUUUGGGUUGCUGUUGCCGCUACGGCUAUCGUGUUUCUGCUUCUCCUCGCCGUUUGCUUUUAUCGGCGCAGCGCGAACGAAUCGCGCCAAACCAUGACAACCGUCCAAACCAUGUCUUCACGGUCGGGCACGAUCCGGUCCAACUCACUCAGCAGAAGUGCAUUUACGCCGGCCGACAGGCGCAUCAUUGCGAGCGCACUGGGCUGGAUAAAGGAGGCGUACGAUCAGAAAAUCUGGAGCGAAAUCAAUGCCCCGAUGCAGCAACUGCUCAACGGUGGUUGCAUCGAGGAGCAGGCGAAGGUACGACUAAUCGGAACCGUUCUCGAUAGUCUCAAGCGUCACGAGAUCAGUGCAACGCAGAUCGUGGCGCUGAAUGACAUUCUCUUCCGGCAGCUUGGACCACCGGCACCAGCACCGGAACCGGAGGCGGUUCAGCCCGGUAGACCAAACAGUGAUAGGCAUGUGGAUGAGCUCGGCCACAUCUACGAUGAGUUGCAGCUAAACCGAGCCCCGAUAGCCCAUUACAAUGUGGGUCUGCUCGGUGAUUAUGCUGCCCCGUUAGAUCACGGUGGUGGGAUGACAACGGUCGUCCCGGAGGGUAUCUACUCCGAACCGGUUCUACACGAUCAGCUGUUGUUGCAGCGAAAUGGUGACAAUCGGAACCUCAUUAGCCCUUAUGCGAUUGGAGAUGCUACGGUACAGCGGAACCCGACGGGUGGAGAAGCGAACCUGCCGGACGUUAUACUGCUUCGACGGCCACCACCGACCACCGGCAGCAACGCACCGUGGCGGGCCAACACUGACGACGAGGAGGACGAGGACGAAAUUGACGGAGAAGCGGAACGCAAAACGAUGCUUCGUCCCGCGGACGAUUGUGGUGAUAGCGGUACUGGAAGCAGCAGCGGCCCAACGUACGCCAUAUCGAUGAAACAGCUGAAACGGCCCCUUAGGGGCAACACACCACCACUACCACCACCAUCACAACCGGCGGAUACCAUCGGGGAGGAGCAACCAUCGGAGGAUGGGAGUGAUGGUAACCGGUCGGAACAUUCCGGCAGUAGCAUGCAAACGGUUCGCAUCGAAGAUAUGACCCUUGCUGGGGAUAUUGACAUCAACAGCAGCAGCAGCAGCAGCAACAGUAGCGGCGGCAACGUGCAACAACAGCGUACUCAGCAAUAAAAAGCUCGCAUCUCAUUUUUCAUGUGACGAAAGUAGGCUUAAAACAUACAUACAAUUACACUCACACAACCAAACAAACAGCCUUAAUGAAUCAUACCGGGGGAGUAGGUAUCACUUUUCCAGAUUCUACGAUA